GUCAGUUCGAUCCUGUGAAGGUCUGGAGCCCUUCUGACAAGGAACUGCCGGCGGCGCUGCUCGUGUUUCGCACAUCGGACUUGCCCAUACCAUCCGGCAAGGACAGCUUCAGGCGAUUUGCAGUCGGCGCCUCUUUCGUGGCCACCUUGGUCUUCUGCAACAUCAUCUCAGCUGCCGUAGGCUUCUUAGAGGGCCAAGGUAGCGACAUCCUUGUGGGCCGCUCCGUAGAAGAGGUGACCUACAGUCCCCUCCUCGGGGUGGCGGUCACCCGCCUCGAUCCGGAUGGUGUUGGGCCCGUGGGCUUGGGCCUCGUUCUGAUGCUCUUCGCCCAAGGGUUAGGGCGCGGCCUGGUGGCGGAUCAAUUUGGCGUCGAGGUCCAGGGUGGCUACUUCAUCCCAUCCUCGGCCCUUGGCACUGUCGGGCGCACCUGGACGAUCAAGGGGUUGGCGCCUUCGCGUAAGGUCCAAAUCCAGGUGGCCUUGGGCGGAAUCUACGCCGGCUUCGCCGGAGCCUUCCUGCUCUGCCUGGUGGGCAUUCUCAUGGGCGAUGCCUCCGAUGGCCUGUUGAAGGUGGACGUGACCCGCCUGCCGUUGCUGCUGGCACAGUUAUUGGGCGAUUCUUUCCCAGCAGAUGCAGCGCAGACAGUGCUGGGUCUCGGCAGUGGUGAGGCUGCACCCAGCGUCCCAGCCAGGGUACCGCUCGAUCCGCUUCUCUUCAGCGGCUGUCUGGCUCUCACGACCCAGGCGGUUCGACUCCUCCCUCUUCGGGGCCUCGAUGGGCACUUGCUAGCAAGGUUCUUGUUUGGGCCGCGGCCGAUCCAGCUGCUUGAGCUAGGCACUGGGGUGGUGCUUCUGCUCGGCGCAGUCGGGCGCUUGGGUCCCAACGCCAACGCGGCCGUUUGCAGCUCGGCGCUGUUUGCCUGGGGCGUCUCCUUCUUGGCGGCGACGAGGGAAGCACCGCUGCCGCCGCGCGAAGACUUUGAUGAUGAGCCCGCAGCUUCGCCGCAGCUAGCGGCACUCGCGGUACUGGCCCUCUUCAUCGCUGCCCUGGUGCUGAUCCCAG